UGCUUAUAUAUAGUAAUGAUUCCACCUCAUUAUUUUAUUUCAUCGUCUGCAAUACAUUUAGGCUAAACAAGAUGACCCAGAAGAUGGCUGCGCUGAUGCUGUUACUUCUGAUCAUGACUGUGGUACCUAUAUCAGGAAAAUGUGUUCAGUGUGAACUUUCGCAUCAGUUGGGGAAAGAUGAACAGCUGAGAAAAGGAGAUUAUCUGCUUUCAGAAAACGGCAAUUUCAAAGCUAUAUUUCAGGAUGAUGGGAACUUUGUGGUGUAUGGCUGGAAGCCAGUCUGGGCCAGUAACACUGAUGGGUUACAUAAUGCUGAUCAUCUGAUUAUGCAGAGUGACUCGAACUUGGUGGCCUACAAGACUGAUGGUAAAGCCAUGUGGCACACAGGCACCUACACCGACAUCAACAGCUUCAAAGACUGCGUGCUUCAGCUGAGAAACGACGGCACCUUGAUUGUUGAAAGAGAUGGUCAUGAAGUCUGGUCCUCUGCAAAAUCCCAGGGUCUCAAAGUUUAAUGGAAAGCUCCAUUAUAAAUUGUUCUGUUUUCUCCACCUCUAAAAAUAUUUUACACUGGAAAGCACACAAAAUGUAAUAAAUAAAUA